AUACGUUUCUGUCUUACCUCUACUUGAAUGGGAACUUUAAAUUAAAAAAAAAAAGACACACUAUUCUUGCGAUCCACACUGUGAUCGGUGGGUUUGGGAAGACUUUUUACUACUGAAUAUUUUUUACCACAGAAAUGUCUUAUUUGCUUACUGAUUUCAAAGAAAAAGCUCACGAUGCUAGUAUUUGGGCAGCUUGCUUUACACAGUCUAAUACUAAUUUAAUUGUUACAGGCGGUUUAGACGAUUUCGUUAAACUUUGGAACUCUACUGACAUUUCUUUUCAAACUCAAUAUAAGCAUCAUUUGGCAGUUAUAUCCGUUGCUGCUGACAGUUCUGGAAAAUUCAUUGUUUCUUCUUCUCUCGACAGCAAUAUACUUGUUUAUGAUAUUGUAGAAGAAAAAGUAAAGCACAGUAUCCAAGCGAGUGAGCCCAUCUGGACCGUAACUUUUUCUCCAGAUGCCAAAUUCAUAUCUUGUGGAACAGCGAAUUCUGCGGCUCUUGUGUAUGAUGUCGAAAGCGGAGCUCAACUACAUAAACUUCCUGGUUCUCGCCCGAACAAAUACACGAUGAGUUUGUCUUUCAGUCCUGAUCAAAAAUAUCUAGCUACAGCUUCCGUAGACGGAACAGUUAAUAUAUAUGAUUUUGAAACACAAAAACUUUUGCAUAAACUAUCUGAUGUCCAUUCGUCUCCGAUUCGGGCAAUUACUUUUUCUCGAGAUUCCCAAUUAUUAGUCACGGGCUCUGACGAUGGAAAUAUAAAAGUUUUUGACGCACAGCACAUGUCUCACGUGGCCACUUUGCACGCCCACCAAUCAUGGGUUUUGUCUGUGGCUCUUAAUAACGAUCACAUUGCUUCGGGUUCCAGCGACCAUUUAGUAAAAAUCUGGGACUUGCGCACCCGAGCUCGCCUUGAUUCCUUUUCGAGCCACCAAGAUCACGUUUGGUCUGUUUGUUUUGAUCAAAACGGCUCUCGUCUCGUUUCUGCUGGGGACGAUGCUAAAAUACAAAUUUACAAGAGAGUCUGA